ACUGGCACCCAGAAAGGGAAUUUGUCCUGCAGGAAGAACUAACAGCAAAAAAGAAUGGCACAAGUCUGGGGAUAUGGUCCUAACAAUGGACCAGAUACUUGGCACCUGUCUUUUCCAAAUGCCCUCGGAGACUACCAGUCCCCUAUUGCUAUCAAUACAAGUCAAGCCAAGUAUGACCCAUCAUUUAAACCACUCAGCAUCCAUUAUGACCCCUCAACUGCAAAAGUCAUUCUGAAUAAUGGCCAUUCUUUCAAUGUGGAGUUUGAAGAUUCCAAUGACAAAUCGGUUCUUAGAGGAGGACCUGUUGAUGGAACCUACAGAUUGAAGCAGUUCCACAUUCACUGGGGAUCCUGCGAUGGACACGGCUCUGAGCACAUUGUCGAUGGAGUUAAAUACGAAGCAGAGCUGCACUUGGUUCACUGGAACACAAAAUACGCCAGUUUUGGUGAAGCUGUGAAACACUGCGAUGGGCUGGCAGUAGUUGGUGUUUUUCUCCGGGUCGGAGAUACAAAACCUGAACUGCAGAAGGUGAUCGAUGCCUUAAAACUAAUUCCAAAUAAGGGGAAGGAAGCUGCUUUCACUAAUUAUGAUCCUACCGGCUUGCUUCCAAAAUCUUUGGAUUUCUGGACCUAUCAGGGCUCUCUAACCUCUCCACCACUCCUUCAGUGUGUUACUUGGAUUGUCCUUAAAGAGCCAAUCAGUGUUAGCUCUCAACAGAUUUCAAAGCUCCGAGGUCUUUUCUUCAAUGAUGAAAAUGACGACCCAUGCCACAUGGUGGAUAACUACCGUCCACCACAACCACUGAAGGGCAGAGCUGUUAGGGCCUCAUUCUAUUAGGAAAAUGGAAUGCUCCGUGUGUUGUGAUCAGCUUUAUAAUCAACACACUAAAUUUCUAUUAUCUCCAGCUUAAGCUUAAUGAAAU